AAUGACCGAGUUUUUGCAAACAAGGUCGUCUCAGUUGAAGUAUUUCACCAGCGUGUCCUGGCUUGGUUAACUGUCGUGAGGAAUGCCAUGGACAAGGACAUGAUCGUUCAUCAUCCAUGUCCGCCCGCUAGAACGGAGGAGCUGAUCUCUUGGAAGCCUCCUCCUCCCGAGUGGGUUACUCUCAACUCUGAUGGCUCCGUUCACCAGGAUUCAGACUCUGCUGCAGCUGGGGGCCUGAUCAGAGAUCACUUAGGAUACUGCAUUGCAGCGUUCGCUUGUAACUUGGGGAUCUGCUCGAUCACCCAAGCGGAGUUGAGAGGCGCUGCGGAAGGGCUUCAACUGGCCUGGGAUCUGGGUUUUCGUCGCGUGAGGGUGGAGUUGGAUUCCAGAUGCGCUGUCCACCUUCUCAGCAGCAACGCGCACCCGGAUCAUCAGCAUAGUGCUAUUACCGACCGUAUUCAGGCGCUGUGUAAGCGUGAUUGGGAGGUCGCCUUGUAUCAUGUUUAUAGAGAGGGUAACAAGUGUGUUGAUUACCUUGCUAGCCAAGGCCACUAUUUGUCGCUAGGUGUCCAUUCUUUUCCUGCCAGUGACCCCACUUUGAUGUACUGGAUCUUCAUAAAAAGUACCCUUACCAAAAAGAUGAAUGUAUUUGGACACUCCAAAACCAAUUUCGCCGCAAACCUAUGUGAGAAGAACAUGGAGAAGCUCAAUCUCUCUGCUUUGGCCUUCCUCUGCAUCUUCCUCUCGAGUUCUCCGAACUGGAUUACGAUUCAAGCCCAGAGUUUGCCUCCAGCCAAGUUCGAUGGGUUCCUCUACAGCAGCGGCCGGGUCGACCCGGACGCCAUUCUGAUCGAAGCUUUCUUCGACCCAGUUUGCCCCGACAGCAGAGACUCCUGGCCUCCUCUCAAGCUAGCUCUCGAUCACUACGGCCCUCGCGUCUCCCUCCGCCUCCAUCUCCUCCCGUUGCCGUACCAUGACAAUGCGUUUGUUGCUUCUCGAGCCCUGCAUAUCGCCAAUUUGUUGAAUGCUUCCUCAACGUUCCCGUUAAUGGAGCAAUUCUUCAAGUAUCAGGUAAGGGAGCUGAUGGCUCACUCAGCCUUUGCUGUUGGGUCUACAAGUUCAAGACUAGGAAAGAGUGUUGGCGUUGUCUUAAUGCCCAUUGGUGAAUGUUUAUAUUGCUGUCUGAUUUGGCUGCUUGAAACUCAGGAGAAGUUCUACAAUGAUCAGACGAUCAACUUGUCGAAAGCUUCGGUUGUGAAACAGGUGGUCGAUUUCGCUACUCCAGCAGUUGGGAACUUCCUUCACUCCGAAUUCGAAACUGCGUUCAACGACAGAAGAACCGAUCUCAAGACAAGGGUGUCCUUCAAGUUUAGCGCAUCUAGAGGAGUUUACGGUACACCAGCUUUCUAUAUCAAUGGGUUUGCGUUGCCCGAUAUCGGCUCUCCCCUUGAUUACAACGGCUGGAGAAAGAUCAUCGACCCACUGGUUUCCGCAAAGUUCGACAGCCGCCUCGAUCUGCUGCAUACCAAAUUCUGAGACCCUCCGAAUUUGAGAUGAGAUGCUUAGGCCUCUGAUGCUGUUAUUUUAACUUGAAUAAAUCAAUAGCAGCCUUAAGAGUUCAUAUCUUCCUGUAGAGAUCAGAAGCUAUCUUCUUUUCUGUCUGUUUAUAAGCUAAAAGUUGUUGUGUUAUAUGAACUGACGUUGUGAAGAGAUGAAAUUUGUUGCCAGUUUGCUGCAGCUUUCGCUGUGUCGAUGGAGCU